AAAUUUGCAAUGAUUUCUGAAAUUGAUAGUACCAAUAGCAGCACUAGCUCUCCUUCAUAUUCUCCUCAAUCUUCAAAUAUUUCUCUUACUAAUUCUGAGCUUUUCACCAUAGCUAAUUUAAACUUGAAUAUUUCUGAACCAACCACAUCCCCAAACAACAGCCCAAUCCAAAUGUCAGUUCAAACUGCAAAUUCACUUUUACUAUUACAUUUGGCCCAGAUGCAACAAAUUUUUCAGCAAAAUAAUGAAAAUAUGGUACUAAUUAAUCAAGCAAUUAUUGCUGAAAAAGCAGCAAUGGCCAAGGAGUUGAUUAGAAUUGGUCAGCUGAAGCAGCUUAAGGAAAUGAAGAUAGAUAAUGUUGUUAAGAAUGGAACCACAACAAGCCCUGAACUUUGUUUAGAAGGAAUGCCUUCUGUAAACAACGACAUUAACAAAAACGACUUUUUCACACGUUGUGGGAUAACCUGGAAUUAUUUAACUUCGACACGGUCAAUGAGUGAGUUCGAUGACCUUCGUCGUCGGCAUCAAGUCUCAAAAAAUAGACAUGUCGGUUAUGGAAUUCGUUAUGCAUGCACUAGAAAUGCUAAAGCAAGGGAUAAUUGUCCUUAUCUAUUACUUCAUAUUCCUGGAAAUAACGGCAUUCAGCAUGUUUACUCUCGAAAUUGUCAUACUCAUCCAAUCAAACAUAUCCGGUCAAGAAAUAGAAACUGAUUUGAUUUUGAAUACCUCUGGAAUAUUUUCGAAUAAUACGAUUUUUAAUUUAAAAGAUUUGAUAAAAAUUUUGAUAGAAAAGUUCAUUGUAAGAAAAUUCGAUUAAGAUUUUACU